UCUCUGCACCUUCACGGUUGAAAGCCCUGGUGUUCUGUCAGAUUUUGACUGGUCAUACCUGCUUCUCAUGGAAAGCAAUGUGAGAACUAUGGGUUCAGCUUUUGAGUCAUAUCACAAGAACCUUCAGUGCUUUCGGUGACAAGACAAAAAAGCACUGUGCUCAUCAUUCUCAGAGGAGAAGUGGAUGUGUUGUGAUUACUGCAGGACCACAAUAUGCAAAUUCUGAGAAGCCAAUCUAGGCGAUCCAAAAGAGCCCUGAAGAUAAGAGCACUGAAGAGAGAGAGAAGCAGAGAGAUUCAUCUUCAACACUGUAAGCAGUCAUGUGAUACAUGUGGUCAAGGCGACACGCUUUAUAAUGAGGCGAUGACUCGCAGGAGGGACUAUUCAUAACUACACUACGUGUCUCAUUGUGCUUCAGAUUUCCCCACUGCUCUCUUCAAUAACAGUUACCGGUAAAAUGGACAAUGAGAUUGACCCAACAUUUGAAACCUGGACGACACCAGACUAUAUGUCUAGUGGGACAGAGGACUAUGACGACAUAGAAAAUGAGAACGGCAUCUGUGAUAAGAGCUGGGUGAGGAGCUUCCGAGGCUCCUACGAGCCCCCUCUCUACUGGAUCAUCUUCGCAGUGGGAGCUGCGGGCAACCUCCUCGUUGUGUGGAUCUACACAACCGUGAAACAACGCCUCAAGACCAUGACGGACGUCUACCUGCUCAACCUGGCGAUAGCAGACCUCCUCUUCCUGUGCACGCUGCCGUUCUGGGCCACGGACGCCACCCAGGGCUGGGUGUUCAACGUCGCCGUGUGCAAGGGAGUCUCCGCCGUCUACAAGGUCAACUUCUUCUCCAGCAUGCUCCUGCUCACUUGCAUUAGCGUGGACCGCUACAUCGCCAUAGUCCGCGUGACCGCGGCCCACAACUUCAAGAGCAGGCGGAUGUUCUACAGCAAGCUGGCCUGCCUGGUGGUGUGGCUGCUGUCCUGCCUCCUGUCCCUGCCUGAGUUUCUGUUCGCUAAGGUGAAGGAAAACUCACGCGGUGACCACUCUUGCAGCCUGGUCUAUCCGGUCAGCAGCAACAACCUCACCAAAGUCAUGGUGCUGUGCCUGCAGAUCUCUGUAGGCUUCUGUCUUCCUCUGCUGGUCAUGGUGGUCUGCUAUUCCGUGAUCAUCCGCACGCUGAUGCAAGCCCGCAACUUCGAGAAGCACAAGGCGCUGAGGGUCAUCUUUGCAGUGGUGGCGGCGUUCGUCAUCUCCCAGCUGCCAUACAACAGUCAUCUGGUGGUCGAGGCGGCGCAAGCUUAUAACGCAACCAUGAACGAUUGCGAGGACGUCAAAGCCUUCGAUGUGGCCGGACAGGUAGUGAAGAGUCUGGCCUAUACGCACUGCUGCCUCAACCCGAUCCUGUACGCUUUCAUCGGGGUACGCUUCCGGAAUGAUCUGCUGCGCCUCUGCCAUUGCUUGACCGGGAUGGGCGGAGUCAACAAAGCCCAAGCGGUUCCCAAGAGACCCUCUGUUAUGUCUGACACGGACACCACCCCAGCACUGUCUUUGUAGCCUGAUGUUUACAAAUGACCAGUUAUCAACUGAUCAGCUGUUUCGAGCUGACCGGUCAUCACCCAACCCGUUUAUCACUCCUUCCAUGCACAUAUUCACCCCGCUCUCUUUUCACACGUUACACCUAAGCAUAUCAUGUAUAACAACACACAAACCAGUUCCGCAAAAACAGGACUCUUUCAAAUACACAUGCUGACCGUUAUAGAGAUAUAUAAUCAAUGCUUAUAAUAUUGUUCAAUGCAAUUUUCCUUUGUAGCCCAGUGUGGUAAUUACAUUUCUUUUAUACAGUGGUUGUGAGAUAUUUAGAUGUAGCCAGUAGCUUUGUUAUGUUCCUGGUUAAAGAGGUUACCCUUACGAAGUCAUGAUUUUAAACCUUGUACAUUGUUGUAAAUAAGUGUAUAGAAAAAGGUGGAUUGUUUUUGGAACUAAAAUUCUUCUGUACUUCUACAUUCAAAUAAAGUGCACUGAAA